GCUGUUUCACCUUUUCAGUAUGGGAAAUUCUUAUAGUGGACAAGCACCGAUAUUUUACACCAGUGAACAAAGUCAAGAACGGUUAUCGGAACUUAAAGACAAUAAUGAAACAAAAACAGCGUCGGAAUAUCGUCGAACUAAGGUCCCGGGUGAAUGCAGUCAGCACGCUGAUUCAAUUGCAAAUGAUUUGACCGAGACAAAACGGUUAGAGGACGAACUAACAUAUUUAAAAGCUGAGAACGAGCACCUUCGUUUACGGUUAAGUAAGAUAGCUGGUGACCAGCUCACAAAAGACAACCUAAAUAUCACUGAUCUAAACGACCCAAACCGACCUCUGAAACUCGGGGAGAAGUAUAGCGAGCUUUAUGACAACGAAUGGACGGACGCAUAUGAAAGUCUCACACACAGUGGAUACAGCGAAGCAGAGGCUAUUGAAACGUUACAGCUAACACUCGAGAAUACGUUCCAGUUCUGUGAGAAAAAAGCUCAUCUGAUACUAAAGAAAACAGGAGAUGCAGUUAACCUUUUAUUCGAAGAAUACCAAAACUCUGCCUCAUUAAAGCGUGUAUCAAGCCACCUCACCAUGAGACGUGGACAGAAGUGUUCGGCCCAGAUAAGCGGCGAGGAAAUAGAGUUAGAAAAGAGAUGGAAGCCUAAACAAAGGAGCUCCAUGCAGAUCCAAACAGCCACAGGCGAUGAUCUGCAGAAUGUUCAUACUGUCGAUGUUGAUAAGCAGAUGAAACAUUUGAGAAAGGAGGUGGCAGAUUCAAUUGUUCCUGUUGUUCAGAAGGCAUACAUGGAUGCAAGUUGGCAGAAAGAGUAUUUGGCCUCAUUGAAACCAUUCAUAAAUAAGUGUUUGUUCAUUGGGUGGAUGAUGGUUGUUCAGACGCCGCCAAUGGAUUUCAAAUACGCAAGAAAGGGCGAUCACUUUGACACAAACAGUUUCAAGCAGUAUACAAAGUCGGGAAAGUUUAUAGACUUUGUCGUUUGGCCCGCUUUGUUGCUUCACAAGGAUGGUCCAGUUGUUGGAAAAGGAAUUGCACAACCAGGACAAUUCCAAAACUGCUGAACAGGUGAUAGCUUAACGAAAUGGGUCAAAACGAUAUUCGUAUUUGAACUGUUUACACGUUUCAAAUAUAAUUAAGCAUGUGCACUAAAUGAAUGCUUUCUUCACCUUUGCACAGAAAAUUAGAAUUGUCAUUGGCGAAUAUCAGAAUUUGGGUGUUUUAUGCAUCCUUAUAUAUUUGGGAGUGAACACUCUUAUAUUCACAAUAAAAUGCAUAUAUAUAAAGACUGAGUAGACUAAAA